AUGUCUGACCAACCUAUCGGGCCUUUCCCUACUCCCGCAACCUGCCAACAAAUUAUUCAAAUACUGAUGAACAUGAUUCAAUGCAAUGAUGGCUGGGAGAUUGCUUUUGAGCAGGCGGUCUCUGACGCUCACAAGACAGGCGUCAAAGAUAUGGCCAAUAUAAGCACUUUGACUGACUACCACAAUUUUCUUAAUUACUUGGUGUUGUGGGUACCCACAGAGGAUGAAACAGGAACUUUCGUUUACAAUAUGCUUUGCACGAUGUACUUUGUCCUUGAUCAGAAAACUGUCAAAUCGUUUCAGUCACCCAUUGAGCCUUCGUCAUACCCAUCACCGCCAUUGACGGAGCUAUCCAAAUGGAUAGUCGAUUUCGCCAACGCUAUGGGAGAGUUUCUCAGUACACCUCAAUCACUUACCAAGGAAUCUCUACAAACUUAUUAUACCGCGCAGAACUACAAUGUGGAUGCUUAUGUAGUUCCCCAAGGAGGUUGGAUAGGGCAUUCUUUUAACGACUUCUUUGCGCGAAAAUUCUUGCCAGGAACCCGACCCAUUGACGGUGCUUCCAAUCCAGCGGUUAUUGUGAGUGCCGCAGACUCGACCUUCGAUGGCUUUCGGGAUAUUAAUGCCGAUUCAAUUGUUACUUUCGAUGUCAAAGGCCUCCCCUGGACCAUUGGCGAGUUACUUGCAAACAGUCAGUACGCAAAUGACUUUGCUGGCGGGAAAUUUAUGCACGCAUUUCUCGCACCAUACGACUAUCAUCGUCAGCAUGCUCCUGUCGAUGGCAAAGUGCUCGAAGCCAAAGUCAUACCAGGCCAGGCUUAUCUUGAAGUUAUUAUUCAAACAGACCCUAACGACAAACUGAGACUCAAACCUUGUCGAAAAUUAAAUGCUGAUGAUGUCCCAAAACUCAGUGCUCCAGACUCUCCGGGGUAUCAAUUCUGCCAGGCUCGCGGUCUGAUUGUAAUCGAUUCACCAAAAGUUGGAAAAGUGGCAAUUUUACCGAUUGGUAUGGCUCAGGUGUCUUCCGUGGUCCUCUCUACUCAGCCGGGGGAUGAAGUGAAGAAAGGGGAUGAGAUAUCCUAUUUUCAGUUUGGUGGAUCUGACAUUGUUCUCGUGUUCCAAGCGCAAAGCCAAGUUGAAAUACUUGCUAACGAAGGUAAACAUUAUAGCGUAGGCCAACAGAUUGCAAUUGCUCAUAUCGCUAAAUGGAAGUAG